AUGGAUAUCAUGUCCACUAAUAUUGCUAAAGAAUCAUCCAUUUUCGAAGUUUGGAUGUUACGAGAACCAGAUACAAUCCACGCAUUAGCCAAAGCACAUGGCAGUCUUUAUGCCCUUAGUAUAAUUGAUUCAAAUCUUGCAUGGUAUAUUACUAACAAUCCAAUUUCAGUUGGAACUGCAUCAAUUGUAGAACCAUUAAUUCAAGAAUUAGUUGCAGAAUUGGCUUCAAUCCUAUCACUAGUCAAUAGGCUAGAUUUAAUGAAACUGAAAAUCGUG